AUGGCAGCGCGAUCCUGGAACCCUUUCUCGUGCUGCGUCACGGGCGGCACGGCGAUGGACGACGAUGACGAAUACUGUGUGUCGCAGCGGCGGAUCAUGUGCAGGGGGAAGAAGGGCGGCAGCCCGAGGUCAUCGUCGUCCUCCUCAUCGAGGAUGUCGUUCACGAGCCUGAGCUCGUCCGGGACUCUGUCGCCGGAGGACCUCUCGCUGACGCUGUCCGGCUCCAACCUCCAUGCCUUCACCUACGCCGAGCUCCGCACCGCCACGGCGAACUUCUCACGCGCCAACUACCUCGGCUGCGGCGGGUUCGGCCCGGUCUACAAGGGCGCCGUCGAAGACAAGCUCCGCCCCGGGCUCACCGCACAGGCCGUGGCCGUGAAGUACCUCGACCUCGACUGCGGCACGCAGGGCCACAAGGAGUGGCUGGCCGAGGUUUUCUUCCUGGGGCAACUAAGGCACAAGAACCUGGUGAAACUGAUCGGGUACUGCUACGAGGACGAGCACCGGAUGCUGGUGUACGAGUUCAUGAGUGCCGGGAGCCUGGAGAACCACCUCUUCAAAAGUAUUAAUGGCUCUCUCCCGUGGAUGACAAGGAUGAAGAUCGCCGUCGGUGCGGCCAAGGGCCUCGCCUUCCUCCACGACGCCGACCCGCCAGUGAUCUACCGCGAUUUCAAGGCCUCCAACAUCUUGGUUGACUCGGAUUACAACACCAAGUUGUCUGACUUUGGGUUGGCCAAGGAUGGGCCCCAGGGCGACGCGACGCACGUGACGACACGUGUCAUGGGGACACAUGGGUAUGCAGCGCCGGAGUACAUCAUGACUGGACACUUGACCGCCAAGAGCGACGUCUAUAGCUUCGGUGUAGUGCUCCUGGAGCUCCUGUCUGGGCGGCGAUCAGUGGACCGCUCGCGGAGACCGAGAGAGCAAUGCCUGGUGGACUGGGCCAGGCCAUACCUCAAGCACUCUGACAGGCUGUACAGGGUGAUGGACCCAGCUCUUGAGUGCCAGUACUCAUGCAAAGGCGCUGAGGUAGCGGCACUGGUGGCAUACAAGUGUCUCAGCCAGAACCCGAAGUCCAGGCCCACCAUGAAGGAGGUGGUUAAGGCCCUCGAGCCUGUGCUGGGCAUGGAAGACUUUUUCCCUGUGGGCCCUUUUGUGUUCACAGUUAUUGUAGAGGAGGACAAGGUGGUGGACAUGAAGGUGGAGAUUGAGGAGAAGCACCGGCACCGACAGCAUCACCGGAACCAUCAGGACAGGCACCGCCAGAAGUACCCUGACUCGGCGAUCAACACCGGUAUUGUGUUGCAUGCCCGCGAUGGGCUUCUUGCCGGAUACACCGGUGCACUGCGGCGGCAGCCAAGGUCGUCGAGCUACCACCGAGAGAAGGUGGCCUAGGACUAGGGUAGGGAAGUGAGUAGGACAAAAUGGUAUGCAUAUGUCCAUACUAUGGAGAUGUGAUCCAAUGUCACAUCGGUUUGUUUCAGAUUUGAGGAUGCGUUUCUUUUGUUCUUGAUAGUGACAGUGGACAGUGGGUGUUAGAUAAAAUAGGGAUGCAACGUAGUACGGCGGAAAAGUCCAGUUUUAGUUUUGGCAAGGAUUGUUGUGCAAAAAUGUUGUGUACAAAUGAAUGGUCUAGGUAAAAGGAUGUCCGAUGCUUCUUUAAUUCUACACUUCCAAAUUUUUACUGCA